AGAAUUGUAAAUGAUAGUGCUUGCCCGGGAUCUAUAGAGACAACCCCAUUGUUCUACAUGCCCUCUCUGUGUGCCGUAUGGAUUUGAGCAAACAGAGCAAUCACUAACCGGGUUGUGCAUCGACGGACGAUGAAUAACGCGAGUCGUGUGAGCGCAGCCAGUGAGCAGUGAAAGUGAUCUCAAUUCCACUCGUUUUUCGGUUUGACGCUCCCAGAUCUAGUCCAAGGAUCAUGUCCUUUCUACGUACGUUCCGAUCGAACCUAAUUCUCAGUACGGCACCACCAGCGGACACGGGAAAGAGUGGUGGUACUAAUGGUGGUGGUGGUGGUCGAAAGAGUUCAUCUCAAGGGCGCAAAUCGCAAGUAGAUAGUGAUGAUCACCGAGCGACAAGUAAUACCGCUCGAAGAAGCAGCAACGGGAUGACAAAUCGAAAUGGUAACGGUGGCGGCACAACCGCAAAUCGCAACAGCACCAACAACGAUAGCCGCUAUGGGAAGGAGAAUCCCGCUCCGAUAGUGGUCUAUCUGGACAAACCUGGCCAGGAGGUGAAAAAGCCGGCCAGCAUUCUGCGCACAAACACUUUCACCACGAAGCACAACGAUCACGUGCCUGGUGCAGAAUCGGAAAGCAUCCGAUACGGUAGCACCGCCAUUAGCCGGAGCGAUACGUUCACGAUCGAUGAUCCGGCACCGACGACUGUCUACACCAACACCUUCACUCGCCGUGAGCCACUGGACGUGUUUGAGCCACUGUACGCGAAGAAUAUUGAGCUCGGUUCGAAUGAGAAGCUGCCAACGGUGGUCGAUUCGCGGACCUAUCGCAAGAAGUCACGCAACACCGUCAGCGCCUCGAAGCCGGUCCAGAAGGUGGAGAGUUUCAUCAAGCGCUUCGAACGGACGUUGUUCAACAAGAAUGGUUCGAACGAUCGUAACCGCAAGCACUCGACGACGGCGAGGAAGAACUCGUCCUCGGCCGGUAGCACCACCGCCGACAGUGGUCCACGGUUCCGCGAUAUCGGCAUCAACUGUAAGCUGGACGAAGAGGAACGGUUCCGGGCGAAGGUGGAAGCGAUGCGCCGAUCGCGUCAGGGAUCGCGCGAUUCCAUCAUUAGCGGCCACAGCACGACCAGUGGCAUGGUCCAGCAAAGACGGUCCACUGGUGCAGCCCCCGAACGGAGUCAAUCGCCCUCGAAACGAUACUCGCUCACGCAAGAUCGUCGCUCAUCGUCGACCAGUAGCUUCGCGUUGGCUCCACUGGAAGAGCGGGGUCGCCACCUCAGGACACCUUCACCACCGCAACCAUACGGUGCGAGCUCAACGGUAGUGGUACCGUUGGCCAUCGAUCGUCCAACCGAAAGUAGUUUCCUCAAGAGCCGUCAGAAGGAGAUCGAAAUGGGGUACAGUGUGGUAACCAAGCGGCAGCAACCACCGCCUCCUUUGUCGCUUCCUGCGGCAAGUCGAUCGUCACCGGAGCGAUACGGAACGACCACACAGCGCGGACGCCUUCAACCGACCCACUAUGCUCAGGAUGAGCCACGAGUCUCGGGGAGAGAUCAACAGUAUUCAACGUUCGUUAUCGCACGGAAUGCUGGCACUAGCGAGGAUUCAGCGGCACCCCGAUUCCGGACGGAUACAUACCGAGCGCUGAAGGAUGAAUACGAGCAGCAGCAGCAGCAACAGGCGCAGCAACAAGCGCAAAUGGCUAGACCGAUUGGCAUUGCGAGUCCUUUGCCGAACGAAGAGCGCAGAUCCAGCGCUACUGAUGUUGUUGAAGUGCCGGUCAAGAAUUCCGUCGCGGGCAAGGAUUCGGAUCUGCCAAAGUACACAUUUGGUGCGGAUCUGCAGCAGCGUCGCAGUCGGUUCCAACAGUUUCAGCGCUCGUUCAAGAAGAUGGACGACAGCGCGUCCGAUGUUUCCGUCCAGCAGAGCUUCUUUGUGCCGUUUUAGAGAGUAGUUGAUUUGCUGCAGUGGAAGUAAAAAGAUGUGAC